UGCAGAACAAUGGGCAGCUGUGAGGACUGAAACAUCUGACAAGUAUUAGACUUCCUUGAAGCAGAGCCCAGAUGCAGGUUGUGGUUCAGAUCACUGAGUCAUCCAGGAGAACACUCAUGGAGAAGCUCUAAUUUAGUGAGGAAGUAGGAUCGGCAGAAGAUGUUAGUAACAAGAAUUCUAGCCUCAUCCUGACCUUCCUGGAGCACUAGAAAAAUUUCAGUUCCAGCAAAGAUUUCUGUCAAGACAAAAAAAAGUUAUGUUUUUACGGCACCACCCUGGCAAGUUGUCUGCUAUAUCCUUUGGGCCUAGAUAAGAACAUAAUCUCCCAGGCGUGUCCAGGCAAAGUGUGUUCUACAGUCAACAACCAACUUGGGACCAAGAUUUGUCUGUAAGAGUCAAUAACCUCAGGAGAUGGUGGAUGAAUACCUGACCCUAGGAAAGGAGAUCUCGGUAGACUACAGCAACAUAUAUUCUCAAAGGAGCCAAAUUAUGUGCACAUGAUAUCUUUAGGAGUGUGUAAAGAGGUCUCAGAUAAUGCCACAUAAGAAAGUACAGUCUAAGAAAUUGGAGAUGCAUGGAUACCAAUUAAUAAAGGCUUGUUCUACCAUCAUCUAUAUUUCAGACAGAAGAUGCCAGUGAUCAACAUCGAAGACCUGACAGAAAAGGACAAGUUGAAGAUGGAGGUAGACCAGCUUAAGAAGGAAGUGACACUGGAGAGAAUGAUGGUUUCCAAAUGUUGUGAAGAAGUGAGAGAUUAUAUUGAAGAAAGGUCUGGAGAAGACCCUCUAGUGAAGGGGAUUCCAGAAGACAAAAACCCCUUCAAGGAACUCAAAGGAGGCUGUGUGAUUUCAUAGGCGGGAAGGCAUUUUCUUAGAAUAUUUAGAAUUUUAAUGAUAAUGCAAACUGUUCUCCUAUAUAAUUAAACUGUGUAUGUUGUUUAAAUUAUUAAAUUUUAAUAAAAAUAAAGAUGUAAUAAUAUGUAAACUCAUUUUUUCAUGAAGUAUUUCACAUAAGGUUUAACAAGGAAUUAGGUGUAAUAUCGAUGAACCCUGCUUUAGAAGCAGUGUAUUCUAAACUGCCUUUGCAGUUUUAUAUUCCUUCAUUUUUCUUUCAAUAUUAAUGAUACUUUUCUAGAACUUUUUUUUGUUUAUCUGUUUUUUUUGUUUUUUGUUUGUUUGUUUUUCAAGACAGGAUUUCUCUGUGCAGUCCUAGCUGUCCUGGAAAUCACUCUGUAGACCAGGCUGGCCUCGAACUCAGAAAUCCACCUGCCUCUGCCUCCCAAGUGCUGGUAUUAAAGGCGUGCGCCACAACCGCUCGGCCUCUUCUAGAAUUUUUAUAGUUAAACAUAUUUUAUUCUCAAUUUUCUCACAGGCCUACAAAGAUUAUUGUUUCAAUACGCGGAUAAUUUAUUUUAGCAAAAAACUAUGUAUAUAUAUACUUUAUAUGUACUGUAUAUUGUAGUAUAUUGUAUACUACAUAUUGCCUAUUAUAUAUAAUAUACAUUAAUUAUUGAAA